ACCACCUGCUACCAGAAGCAGUUUGGAUCCAUGUUGCAGCCCGGGGUCAACAAGUUCUCCCUGCGCAUGUUUGGCAGUCAUAAGGGUGUUGCUGCUGAGCAGGCCAGGGUAAAGAGCUUUGGAGUGUGGAUCAUUCACCCCUACAGUGACUUCAGGUUUUACUGGGACCUUGUGAUGCUCCUGUUGAUGAUGAGCAAUCUGGUCAUUUUGCCCUGGGGAAUCACCUUCUUUGAGGACCAGAACACCGCGCCCUGGAUCACCUUUAACGUCCUGUCUGACACUCUCUUCCUCAUGGAUCUGGUUUUCAAUUUCCGCACGGGCGUCCCUGGAGAGGACAGCCACAUCAUCCUGGACCCUAAAGAGAUCCGCAAGAAUUACCUCCGCACCUGGUUUCUGGUGGACUUUGUCUCCUCCAUCCCCGUCGAUUACAUCUUCCUCAUCGUCGACCUGGAGGCCCGGCACGAGUCGUCUGAUGUGUACCGCACCGCCCGCGCCCUCCGCAUCGUGCGCUUCACCAAGAUCCUCAGUCUGCUGCGUCUGCUCCGACUGUCUCGCCUCAUCCGCUACAUUCACCAGUGGGAAGAGAUCUUCCACAUGACUUAUGACCUGGCCAGUGCUGUGGUGCGUAUAGUCAACUUGAUCGGCAUGAUGCUGCUGUUGUGCCAUUGGGAUGGCUGCCUGACCUUCAUGGUGCCUAUGCUGCAAGACUUUCCCUCAGACUGCUGGGUAUCCAAAAAUAAUAUGGUGAAUGCUACAUGGCACAUACAGUACUCUUACGCCCUGUUUAUGGCCAUGAGUCACAUGCUGUGUAUUGGAUAUGGUGCCCACCCUCCUGAAGGCAUGACUGACGUUUGGCUCACCAUGAUCAGUAUGGUUGUGGGGGCCACCUGCUACGCCAUGUUCCUUGGUCAUGCAACUACCCUGGUCCAGUCCUUGGAUGCAUCACACCGCCAAUAUCAAGAGAAGUAUAAGCAAGUGGAGCAAUACAUGUCGUUCCAUAAACUGCCAGCGGAUGUAAGACAGAGGAUCCAUGAUUAUUACGAGCAGCGGUUCCAAGGCAAGAUGUUCGAUGAGGACAGUAUCCUCGGAGAGCUCAGUGAUCCGCUCAAGGAGGAGAUUGUCAGCUAUAACUGUCGUGGACUGGUAGCCAACAUGCCACUGUUUGCCAACACCGACCCUCAUUUUGUUACCGUGAUCCUGACUAAGCUGCGUUUUGAAGUCUUUCAACCCGCAGACUUCAUUAUACGAGAAGGAACGCUGGGUCGGAAGAUGUAUUUCAUCCAGCACGGCACCGUCACCGUCAUCCCACGUGGCAGUAAGGAGAUUACGCUCAACGAUGGAGCAUAUUUCGGGGAGAUCUGCCUGCUAACCCAAGGACGACGCACGGCCACCGUGAAGGCUGACACCUACUGUCGCCUUUACUCCCUGAGUGUGGACAGUUUCAACGAAGUCCUGGAGGAGCACCCGCUGAUGAGGAGGGCAUUUGAGAGUGUGGCUGUGGACCGACUGGGCCGUGUCGCUCGCAGACCCAGUUAUCAGGCUCCCCCACCUGAGUGACAUCCUCUGACUCUGGCCAGAAAUGUGGAGGAUAUUUGUCACACUUUGGCUGAACUUGACCACAAAACAAAGAAACCUUCAAAGUAAAUGUUGUUGCUGUUUAGUGCUCAGCGAUGGACAACCUGAUGGAGACCCUCAGUUUUAUUUAUUAACAUAUUAUUGUUGCACUUGGUUGAAAAUGUUGUACCUUCAGUUUCACUUUGUUACUUGAAUUUAAAUACAUGAACAAUUUUGUUUUAGACCUUUGUACACUA